AUGCACUCACCUCCUAGAGAACAGCCUGCCAUCAUGCUCUGGAAACUGGUUGAAAAUGUCAAGUAUGAAGAUAUCUAUGAGAUGUUAGUCCACACCUAUUCCGCCAUGGACCGGCAUGAUGGAGUCCCCAGCCACAGUUCCAGAUUGUCCCAGCUGGGCUCUGUCUCCCAGGGACCCUAUUCCAGCGCCCCGCCGUUGUCUCACACCCCAUCCUCGGAUUUCCAGCCGCCUUACUUCCCACCCCCCUACCAGCCUCUUCCUUACCAUCAAAGCCAGGACCCGUACUCCCAUGUCAAUGACCCUUACUCCCUAAACCCCUUGCAUCAGCCCCAGCAGCACCCUUGGGGACAAAGGCAGAGGCAAGAGGUGGGAUCAGAAGCCGGCUCACUGCUGCCACAGCCUCGGGCCGCCUUGCCUCAGCUCUCGGGACUGGACCCCAGGCGGGACUACCACUCAGUGAGGCGGCCAGAUGUUCUCCUUCACUCGGCACACCAUGGCCUGGAUUCCGGCAUGGGAGACAGCCUUUCUCUGCACGGCAUCGGACACCCAGGAAUGGAGGAUGUGCAGUCAGUUGAAGAUGCCAAUAACAGCGGUAUGAACCUAUUGGACCAGUCUGUCAUUAAAAAAGUUCCAGUUCCUCCAAAAUCUGUUACUUCUCUGAUGAUGAAUAAAGAUGGCUUCCUGGGUGGCAUGUCAGUCAAUACCGGCGAGGUGUUUUGCUCAGUACCUGGCCGCUUGUCCUUGCUCAGUUCCACUUCAAAGUAUAAAGUAACCGUGGGAGAAGUUCAAAGACGCCUCUCGCCUCCAGAGUGUCUGAAUGCGUCGCUUUUAGGAGGAGUCCUUAGAAGAGCCAAAUCGAAAAAUGGAGGGAGAUCGUUGAGAGAGAGGCUAGAAAAAAUCGGCUUGAAUUUACCAGCCGGCAGGCGUAAGGCCGCAAAUGUCACUUUACUCACCUCCCUGGUGGAAGGUGAAGCUGUUCACUUAGCUCGGGAUUUUGGAUACAUCUGUGAAACGGAGUUUCCAGCGAAAGCUGUUUCCGAGUACCUGAACCGACAGCACACGGACCCCAGCGAUCUCCACUCCCGGAAGAACAUGCUCCUGGCUACAAAGCAACUUUGUAAAGAAUUCACGGAUCUCUUGGCCCAGGACAGGACACCCAUUGGCAACAGCAGGCCCAGCCCUAUUUUGGAACCAGGCAUUCAGAGCUGCUUGACUCACUUCAGUCUCAUCACCCAUGGCUUUGGGGCCCCAGCCAUCUGUGCUGCCCUCACAGCUCUCCAAAACUACCUGACUGAAGCUCUCAAAGGCAUGGACAAGAUGUUCUUGAACAACAACACUGCUAACAGGCACACAUCUGGGGAAGGACCAGGUAGUAAAACUGGAGACAAGGAAGAGAAACACAGAAAAUGAAAAAAGGAGAAAAAUAAAUAAAUAAAAGAAA